AUGAAGACAGAAAAACGUCGUCAAAGUAUCGAAGUAUUCCGUCUACGGCUACGUGAGACAGUAAAUGAAGGCGAUGAAAGUGAGAACGUCGGUACACGCGGUCUAUUAAGUCUUUUAGAGCAUAAGGAACGGACGGUACCGCUUCCAAGUCUUUGUGAAGACUAUACUGAACGUGAAACAAUGGAGAGAAUGGAGAAGAAUGAACAGGAAAAGCAGCAGCAGCAGCACAUACAGGAACAGAUUGUGAAUGGAGCGACUAUAAAACGACCUAUUUGUGUGGAGAUUCACCUUGAUGAGGAGAACAAUGAGGAGGAAUUUAGUGCUAGAAAGGAGAGUAGAAUUGACGCAGAUAGAGCAGAGAAGAAGGACAAUGAUGGACACGGACUUGCUGGUAGACGGACUAAACCUUUCUUAGCUACGUUGUCGUCUUCAGGCGAUGAGAGCAGCACACGGACGUUGCGCUGCAGUCUUGAUGCUGCUGACUCUCCAUCUACUGCGGUAGACACUGAAGAUGUUCGAGCGAUUGAAGCUAUUGAGAAAUUAGACGAGAAUGUCAAAGACUUGGAGACUAGUGAGCUUGUGAUGACGGAAAAAGCUACAAAUGCAGAAACAAGUGCAGUGUCGACAGCAUCGCGUUCGAUGUCAUCGCGUACAAGUCAAUUGAAGGAUAGUUUUCGCGAGUCGAGGCGUGUAGUGCUUGUGACACGUCCGAGCCAGAGGGAUAUUGAAAUGUGGACGGAGCGUGCGACGAUGAUCAAGUCCACUGGCAGCAGUGCUCGGCCAACGCCGACCAGCGCACAAUGUCGACGGUGGGUGCUCGAGUAUAAGCCUGUAGUCCGCCACUCUGGAUGGCUUAUUAAACGUGGUCAUGGUCUGCGUAAUUUCAAGCGUCGACUGUUUUGUAUCGUGGACAAUGAGCUCAUUUACCACGAUACACAUGAUGCAAAAGAGGUGCGUGGACGACUGGAUCUAUCGCGCAAGAGCACCGUGCAGUGUAUGCUGCAUAGCGGUUUCAAGCUUGCACAAGGAGGUUACAGUAUGAUUUUGUAUGCUUUGGACAAUCACGACCGCGAUGUGUGGAUUCGAAAGCUACAGGAGCACAAUGUGCAAUUGCUUCCGGAGGGUGCCAAGACUGCUAAGCUUUUGAAGCAGAAUAGCGACAAUGCAGACAAAGAUGGUCCAAUUCUUUUUUCCGGUUGGCUACGAAAGCGUGGUCGUAUGGUAAAAUCAACAAAGCGCCGCUGGUUUGAGUUGUCGAACGGUACGCUUUCGUAUUAUGCUCACCCACAGGGCGGCUCUCGUAAGGGCUCUAUCAACGUCUCUCAAGCGCGGAUAUCACCUGUAGAUACCCUUAAGACGGGACAGAAUUACAGCUUUCAGAUUUGCACCCCUGCUCGAAGUCUAUUCUUGCAUGCAGACAGUCAAGAAGAACGAUCGGUUUGGCUAGCAGCCCUUGCCUCAGUAAGCGAAGGCGGUUCAAGUGCGUCACAAGGUGGUGGGAGUCCUCCAAAGCCCGAUGCCACCGAUUUUGCGAUGCCUACGAGUGCGACAGAGAUUGGUCGGAUGUGUAAAUGUGGUGCUUUGGAGAAAGGUGGUGCGGCUAUUGACGGCGUUUGUCGCCGCUGUAUGUCAUCUUUCAUUUCAAACACUGAAGACGUGAUGCUGGAUGUGGCACGCGAAGUGCAGCUACUGUUAGCAUCUCCCUAUUCCCCGGAAGGCUGCACGUCAGCUGCUUUCUUGAAAGAGCACACUGGUCGUCCAGUCCUUAACGCAACAGUGCGUGAAUUUAUGGUUGGGCUCUCAGAUUACUUGAUACAUACUCGUUUGAAAGAGCUUCAGAUGAUUGCAGGUAUUGCACAGCCUGAAAGCAGCUUGAAUAGCAGCGACUCUGAGGAGAUUAAGAACGCAAUGGUUAAUAUCGCUUUCACUAAAGAUGCUACUGAGGUCAGCGAGAUCACAAACAACAUUCAGACGAUUGUCUACGAACAGAUUGAGGAGCGUGUAUUUUUCCCUCUUUACCGAACGAUCUUGACAAAUGUGCAUGCACAAACACGGGAGGAUGCGAAAUUGCUGAAGGGAAAAAUCGAGAUACUGCGCAGCAAGUCACAAGCAUUUUUCGGCAUCGGCCCCGACAGCGUGUCGCGUUCAAAAUGGAAAUCAGCCUGCGUAAAGUUACAGAAGGUGGACAAGGUGAGUCUCCCGUAUAUGAAGCGUGCGCAGUUACUAGCUGCCUGCAAGGAAAUCUAUGCCGUCUAUCACUCUGAACACCCGACCCAGCCGCCAAUGAGCGCUGACGCCUUCAUCCCAGCCUUCAUCUAUGUGUUAAUUCACUCGCAUUUACGCGAUCCCGUGGCGCUGAAAGAGUUGAUCACGUUUUUCGAUUUGGGCAGCCAGCAUGGAGAAAUUGCAUACUUUGUGAUAUGUCUGGAGAUUGCGCUUGAGUACAUCCGAUCGCUUUUGACAGCAUGUACCGUGAUUCUUUCUUCGAGCCGCAAGCUUGGCAUUGAGUUCUCUAAGCACAACGAUGCCGACGUGGUAAUUGUUCAUAGACUGGUCCCAGGUGAGCAGGCUCAACAGAGCGGCACGAUCAAUGUUGGUGAUGUGCUUGUUGCUAUAAACGGCUUGCCUGUGUAUGAGAUGGAGCUGGCCGAAGUUGCAAAGCUCUGGCGUGGUGUCGAUGGCGAGGCCGAGUUAUGCUUUCUACCAAUGGACGAGUAUUUGAGGAAGUACGGCACGUCUUGA